AUGUGUUCCUUCUAACCUAUUGCUGACAGAGAUCUACAGAUAAUCAAAGUGCAUCCGUACGCAAGGAAUUCCAACACCUCGAGCGAGGCUUUACCCGACAAAAGGAGGUCUGCCAGCUACGAAACCCCGCGAAUCAAACUCCCGUUCAAUCAAGGUCAAAAUCAGAAUACAAAUGCAAACCAGCAGCGGCAAGAACAGCAGUCUCGAAUAGCGUCCGAUGGUGUAAUCUACGAUCAUUCCGCAAAGUUGCCAUAUCAGGCUCGCUAUUCGAGUCAAGAUGAGCUCGGACCAGCCUCCGUGCCGGUGCUAAUACCGCCACUAGACCAAGCCCAUGAAUUCCAGUUUGGCAGCAAUACUGAGUCUGGCUGCAGUCCUGUUAUGGAGUCUCCAGAUGGAGACUCUACGAUUGUGGGACCGUCGCCGUCGCCUCCGAAGUCGACUACUCACAGCUUGACUUCGAAUGCCAUUGGCUCCAUCAUUGGAAGCUACUACUACAGCAGAAGCUCGGUGAAUCUAGAAAGCGUGUCCACGAGCUCGGAUUUGAGCAAGCAUUUGUCCCGCGAGUCGCAGCCGAGGAGUCUCACCGAAAGCUUUACCAAGCCCACCCAUCACCGCCAUAAUUCGGACACAUCGACGCUAUCCACAGUGUCUUCAGCCGACCAUGCCAACAAGAGCAAACGGUUUGUGCGCUAUGCAAUGAACACCCAGUCUCAGUUCUUCAACUCGACACGGAAAUGGGAAAUCAACAAUGUGAUUGAAUGGUUGGAGGCGCACGCGUUCAACAAGUCGUGGCAGGAAACUUUCAAGAAUAACGAAAUCUCGGGAAACAGGUUUUUGGACUUGGAAAACUUUGACAAGGACUCGCCCAUUUGGAAGCAGUUUUCGAAAUAUUUGGAGCUCGACGACAAGCUCAACUCAAUCGACCGGUUUAUCGAGUUGUUGGCACAGGAAUCGAAAAAGCCUGAAAAUUUGUCGCCUGUCCAUUUGCGUAACGAGUACCGUAAGUCUACUCCAGUCUUGUCGACUCCGCUGAGCUCGUCGUCGUCGUCAAACAACCAGCGGCCCAACUCCUAUGUUGAAAACAGGUCGAAGGAGUCCAAGGACCAAUUGCCCUCCCCUUCUCACCAUCUGCUUUUUAGAAAGGGGCACAGGAGUACAGGAAGCGAUGGGAAGGACAAGAGGAAGUCACUUUAUCUGGAGAGCAACAAGAAAAAUGAGAUGAAAAAAUCAAGCGGGAUACUAAAUACAAUCAGAAAACUUGGAGGCGACAAGGCUGCAGGCAUGGUGAAAUCAACAACGAACCGACACUCAACCAGAAACAGCUUGGCGUUUUCUCCACCGGGACUUCCUCCUGCAUUGGAGGCCAGCUUCGAGGUUCCCGCACUCUCGCCGUGGCAGCGCAGUAGCGCAGAUCGACCCUCUAUUGAAAGCACCCAGUCUUUAACGUCGAUCCCGUCGCUGCAAGCUGCAAGUUUGCACAUGGUGCCCAGCUCCCCUUUGGACAAUGACUAUUUUCCCAAGCGGCAAUCGCGAGACGACACGAUAACAAUCCUAGUGAGCAAAGACAACGUCGCGUUCACGCCGCUAGACAUUCCCAGGAGACUUCUCGAGAAGGAGCAAGCGAGUGUCAUUCGAAAUUUGAUUGUAGAUAAACUCGGCUUGAUCAGGAUAGGGACUAUACGAUUCCACCUCACCGAGUUUAACUCGGUUGAAGGAGCCGCACUUCCAGACGAAUUGCUACUGAAGGCCAUCGAGUCAACACUGUUAGCAAAGAUUCUUGUACGGCAAGAACUAGAAUCUCCUCAGGGCUCGACAAACUCGUCUGAUUCCAAGUCAUUAGAAACAAACAGUUUCAAGUCAACUCCAGUGAAUUUGUUACAGCGGAUCAACGACUCCGGGGUAGAUUAUUGGAAUUUCAAGGAGGACGCUGUUUUGGCAAAGAUUGCCGAGAAUCCGGUCGACUCUGAACGAGGAGCCGUCUACCAGCAGCAGCAACAACAAUACCAUAACCACAAACACCCUUUUCCUACCAACAAUGGCAGUAGUAGUAUUGGUAGUACACCGCCAGCGCUCGAGGAGCUACGGCGAAAGCACUUGCUGCAACAACAAAAGCACCAGCAACACCAGCACAACUUCCCCCUCAAGUUCCCCUUUGGUUAUCGCAACAAGCAAACUCCAACACUACAAGUGGACACAUCUCAAUUGCGCACUGAGACGAAUGCUUCUCCCGAUUCUGCAGGCUCUUCGUUUCGCGUGAUUAGGAAAGGUGCAAACGAAAUCGACUUUGACGAAAGGCGCAAGUCUCCUUAUGAAAAGAAACCUCCCAAGCUCAUACCCAACAUUUACUCCUCAUCGGUGGCCGACAUGAAGACGUCGCCGAUAUCGGCCAGCACCAUGUUGACGUUAAGAGACGAGCCCAAAACUUCGACGAGCAUUUCGCGAUCGGCGCGCACUCUCAGUGACCUGGUGGUGGACAGGGCCGACACGAUUGUGGCUCGUCGAGCAGCGCCACCGCCUCCUAGUGAUCGACUCGAUCAGAUCCGAAGGAAAAACUCGCUUUUGCAUUCGCCGAAAAAGUUUCCCAAGAAAUCGGUGAGAAUAGCAAGUAACGGAAGCAACAGUGACGAGGAAUUUUUUGUCAAACCGAUGAAGAUACGAGGUGUCGUGCCAAGGGACGAAGUUGCUGAUGCUUCGCCAAACACCAGCUACUCUUCGCAGUUUGACUCUGAGAAUGAUUUUUUUGUCAAGCCGUUGAAAAACAAAACGCUGCAAAUGUUGGUGAGACCUCCCGUGGAGGAAGUUUACGAGAAUCUUGAAAAGUUUUUCCCGCACACAAAUCUCGAUAAACCUAUUCUUGAUGAUGACCUUCCAAUAUCAGCUACAACAACAACAACAGCAGGAGGAGCAGCAGGAGGUGGAGGAGGAGCUGCAGCAGCAGCAUCAAGAACAACCUCAGCAACACCAACACCAACAGCCACUACGCCGCCGCUACUGAAAAAACCCACCAUUUCAAGGACUUUUUCCAACGCCAACAUUUCACCCGUGAACAAUUCACAUGAGGCCAAAGCUCCCCAUGCAGAUAAUCCGUUCCGGGUGCGCCGGAUGAAAACCAUUAGGGGCGUGGCCAAUGAAGCGCGACGCAAGGCGUUGAUGCAAAGAGUGGACACGCCACCUACUCUGUUUUCAGGUAUAUCGCGGGAAUCUAGCACAAAGUUGAAGCGCUCCAAUACCAAGAUGUGGGGACAGAAGGUGUAUGAAGUGACCCGCAAGGAGAUAGACAAGGGCUUUGUGAGCAAGCUUCGAAACAAAGAAGGCGAGUAUGAAAGCUUUUUGUGGAUCAAAGGUGAACUCAUUGGCAGAGGCUCGUUUGGUGACGUGCACUUGGCCUUGAACGUGACCACGGGGGAAAUGAUUGCUCUCAAGCAGGUUUACACUCAAAGCAAGAUUGAUGUUGACGAAUUCAACAAGGAAAUUGAAAACAUGAAGGAUCUUGACCACGCAAAUAUAGUUCAGUAUUUGGGCUGCGAGCGACAAAAGAACGUCUACUGUUUGUUUAUGGAGUAUGUCGCGGGCGGUUCGAUUGCCAGCUGCCUCAAGUCGUACGGCCAGUUUGAUGAGGAGUUGGUGCGGUUCAUCACCAAGCAAGUCUUGCUUGGUCUUGAAUAUUUGCACUCAAACAAUAUCAUCCACCGCGACCUCAAGGCUGAUAAUUUGUUAUUGGACCUCGACGGAACGUGCAAGAUUUCAGAUUUUGGUAUAUCAAAGAAGAAUAGCGACAUUUAUGCCAACAAUGCCAACAUGUCGAUGAAGGGGACCAUAUUUUGGAUGGCUCCCGAGGUGAUCAACAACCAAUCAGAAGGUUAUAGCGCCAAGGUUGACAUUUGGUCGUUGGGGUGUGUGGUUUUGGAAAUGUUUGCUGGUAAACGACCUUGGUCCAAUGAGGCCGCCAUUAGCGUGAUAUACAAGGCCGGCAAGGAGAAAAAGGCCCCGCCGAUCCCAGCGGACAUUCGUCACUUGGUGAGCCAAGAGGCAGAGCUUUUCAUCAAUAGAUGCUUCACAAUCGAACCAACGGCGAGACCAACGGCCGAGCAGUUAUUAAGAGACCCUUUUGUGAACACAAAUCGAAGUUUCUGCUUUGAGGCAACAGAGAUGGCCAGGAUUAUCAAGUAUAACAGCAAAGUAGCCCCUAGGUAG